AUGAUUACUAAAUCUAGGCUUGGUGUUACGUUUCAUUCAUCUGCAGGUUGUGGGUUACUGGAGAGAGGUUCAGACUCAGAGUCGUUGGAGGGAGGUGUGCAGGCGCAGAAGCGACUCAGUGGUCCAGGUUCUUCACCACCCACGUGUAGAUCCAAGUGUGGAAAUUGUUCUCCUUGUAAACCGGUUCACGUGCCUAUUCAGCCUGGUAUGAGUAUGCCAUUAGAGUACUACCCUGAAGCUUGGCGUUGCAAGUGUGGCAACAAGCUCUUCAUGCCCUAAAAGACAAGACAUAAUUAAAAACACAGACUUCUUUUCAUAAAUAUAUAGUAUUAAUGUUAUUUAACUCUUUUAAUUGUGACUUGCAUGAAUGGGUUGUUCUUUCCAUGUUUAUAAUAUUAGAGUAUUAUUAUGACGAAUUGACGAUGAUUUUGCCUUCUCUGUGAGGACACAGGGAACGUUGGGAAUGUAAGUCACUUGAAAGUUAGAUUACCAAGAGGGAUCUCUCUCUACUCCAAUGUCUUUCUCUCUCUUUUUUCUUUCUUUUUUACUUGCAGUAACGCAAGUUUGUUAAUUAAGAGACAGAUUGCCAGAUUGGAACAAAAAGGCUGUAACUAAGAUGUGCCCUUUCUAUUAAAAACACAAAGUUAUUAUAACUUGUUUUAUAUUUAUAUAUAUAUUUUUUUUUCCUGGUUCUUUCUCUUUUCUCCCAUCUCUGGCUCUGUUAAAUUCUACUCACACUCUAGU